AUUGUGUGGAGAAAGUCCAGAAUGCCCUCUUCAUGGUCGGUGAAAUUGGGGGAAACGACUACAAUUUCGCAACAUUUCAGGCGAAGAAGUCGAUGGACGAGCUGAGGCGCAUGGUGCCUCGGGUGAUCGAAGCCAUUCUCAAUGGUGUUAGGAAAACAAUUGAGUUGGGGGCAAAGAGAGUGGUGGUGCCCGGGAACUUCCCGGUCGGCUGCAUUCCCAUUUACAAGACGGCUUUCCAAACGAACAAUCCAUCCGCAUACGACAGUAACCAAUGCUUGAAGCACCUAAACGAGUUUGCAGAGUACCACAAUCGGGAGCUUCAGAACGGGAUUAACAGGAUGAUCCAAGAAGAAAAGCCGAACGCAAUCAUUGUGUACGCCGAUUACUACAGGGCGUACGAGUUCCUCCUUCGUUUCGCAAAGUAUCAUGGUACAUAA